UCAAUAUAAGAUUUGGAGAACUCUGUAUCAGCAAUUGGGCCCUCGCGUUUUCAGGUUGUACGAGGAUGUUCGCAUGCGGACGUUGAAUUUCACAGAUUCGAACAGGAGUGGUAAUUUCAAGAGUUGAAUUUGCGAGAAAUGGGGAUGAAGAAUUGCAUGAAUGAGGUGUGCCGAGCGACGGCAUCAUCCGAUUGGAAGAAAGGUUGGACCUUGAAAUCAGGUGGAUUAGCUUCACUGUGUUGCAAUUGCGGAUCUGCCUAUGAGAAUUCUAUUUUCUGCGAAACAUUCCACUCGGAGGACUCUGGUUGGCGGCCAUGCAGAAUAUGCGGGAAGGUGGUUCACUGUGGAUGCAUUGCUUCAAGACACCUACAUGAGUACAUGGAUUUCGGUGGUGUUGCUUGCAUAAGCUGUGCAAAGCGUUUGGAAAUCCAUGCCAUGCAAACAAUACAGAUCCCUGGCGAUGUGGUGCGUAAUGGCACAUUUACCCCCAAAAGCAUUUUCAGUGACCCACAGCCAAUGGUGAUAGAGAACAGAAUAGACGACGACAAAUUCAGCACAGAGAGGCUUCUGCAGUUGACCAAGUCCAUAGGGGUCAAUGACAUCACCUCAGCAUUCGAGCAGCUUAAACGAGAUGAACCACCACCCAUGUUAAAAACCCCGGAAAUAGGGACAAAUUUGGCAAGUCCCUCUCUACAGCCCUUGUCGUCUGUUUUCAUCAAACCAGAGAAUAUGGGACCAAGACAAGGCAGUAAGGACAUGUCUGAAUCUCUAACUCAGCCUUGUCUGAGUUUCUCCUUGUCAGCAACCCCUCCUAUAGGUGGAUCGGGCAGUUUAGCACCUUUUCCCGGUGGAAUUAUUGAUGGGAGUGAUCAGAACAAGGGUUCUUUGCAAAGGAUACGCCAUAUUCCUGCAAAGCCUCCAAAGCCUAGCCCGACUGCAGGCCCCGAGACGAGUAGAGGGAGCAGUUCGCAGGCGCGGGUCCCGAGGCCACCGGCUGAAGGGCGAGGCCGUAGCCAGCUGCUUCCUCGUUAUUGGCCGAGGAUCACGGACCAAGAGCUGCAGCAAUUAUCUGGAGAUUUGAACUCCACUAUAGUGCCAUUGUUUGAGAAGAUUCUGAGUGCUAGUGAUGCGGGCCGAAUCGGUCGUCUGGUCCUUCCAAAAGCAUGUGCUGAAGCAUACUUUCCUACCAUAAAUCAAUCAGAAGGUAUACCAAUAAAGAUUCAGGACAUAAAGGGGAAAGAGUGGACAUUUCAGUUCAGGUUUUGGCCAAAUAACAACAGCAGAAUGUAUGUUUUGGAGGGUGUAACCCCUUGCAUCCAUAGUAUGCAAGUACAAGCUGGUGAUACAGUGAUAUUUAGUAGGAGAGAUCCUGGAGGACAACUUGUCAUUGGCUGUCGCAAGGCAGUAGUCAAUUUGGAUGCCCAGGAACCUCAAACACCAGCCACUCCAAAUGCUGAUCCUCCAGUGGACACGUCAUCAUCGUGUGGCAAUGAUAAUAAGCCAGCAAAUGGAGGCAGAGGAUCUGAUGAUUCUCGGCAGCAGCAUAUAAGCAUGUUGGAGAAGAGGAAUGCAAGAAAUAUUAAGAACAAAAGGCUUCACAUGCACAAUGAUGAUGCUGUCGAGCUUAGGAUUACUUGGGAAGAAGCACAAGAGUUGUUGCGUCCACCUGCAUCUACUGAGCCGACUGUUGUCAUGGUUGAGCACUGUGAGAUUGAAGAAUUUGAAGAACCUCCAGUUUUUGGGAAGAGGACGAUUUUCAUAUCUCAACCUAAUGGGGAGCAGGCGCAACUGGCUCAAUGUGAUAGUUGCUCAAAAUGGCGCAAACUGCCAGUUCAUGCUCUUAUUUCUGCAAAUUGGGCAUGUGCAGAAAAUGUCUGGGAUAUUACCAGGUCUUCGUGUUCUGCUCCAGAAGAGAUGACCCUGAGAAAUCAAGAUUUCUCUAGAACUAACAAGGAUCACAAGAAGCCAAAGAAUUCCAACAGCAAAGCUGCACGGGAAGGCGAGCCUUCCGGCCUGGAUGCACUUGCUAAUGCCGCUGUUUUAGGGGACAACAUAGCCGAAGCAGGAGACUACUCGACGGGCCCCACCACACGGCAUCCCCGCCACAGGCCCGGCUGCACGUGCAUUGUCUGCAUUCAGCCCCCGAGCGGCAAGGGCCGCCACGAACCCAGCUGCAAGUGCAACGUUUGCCUAACCGUUAAACGCCGUUUCAAGACCCUCAUGCUCCGCAAGAAGAAACGACAGUCCGAACGCGAAGCGGAGCUCGCCCUAGAAAACAAUAAUNAUAAUAAUAAUAAUAAUAAUAAUAAUAAUAAUAAUAAUAAUAAUAAUAAUAAUAAUAAUAAUAAAGAAGAAGAAGAAAAUAAUGAUAAUAAAGAAGAAGAAAAGCCUGCUGGCAAGCAAGGUUUGGAGAGGGAGGGUAUUGUGGGCCACACGCUUCGGAACAUGAACCAACUGCUAAAGGAGAUUGGAAAUAGUAAUAGUAAUGAAGGAAAGAAGCAAGUGGAGGAUGUGGGAAAGGCCGGGUUGGACUUGAACUGUGAUCCACAUCGUGAGGAUGAGAUUCUGGCAGGGACGUCAGGGAUGAGCUUGACGAGUUUGAUCAAUACAGCUGGUUUUCCAUUGGAUAUGUAUUUGGGUCAGAAUGGGCUCCCAGGCAUGGGCCCGGGCCCGGGCCCAGGCCCGGUUCCAAGCCCUUUGGUCCCUCGAGCGUUGGGUGGUGUUGAUGAUAAUGGUGGUCGUGGAAGUGGAUCAGGGUCUGGAGAUGGGAAACAAGAGAAUAGUCAUGUGGACGGGUGA